UUCUAGAUUCCUAAAAGCGUAAAGCCGACUUCACCAGAGAGUGUUUAUUAUCACUACAGCACUGGCAUUAGAACCGACACGAUGUGUCACAAUGCUUUAUUUGUGUGUUGUAGUUGAUAGCUCAUAUUAGCAUUCUGUUUAGACCCCCACCCAGUUACAAGCCAUUUGUUGUCACUGUGUGUCUGGGCUCGUGGUACCCGAGAGGCACCUCACAGCCUCAUAUGAGAUGUAAUCUAGCAGGACGGAGCCCCUGGCAUGCAUGGAGAUGACAGCAUACUGUGAUCAGAAUACUGCUGUGUCCUUCCUUUCUAUCUCAGGGGUAAUAGGGGGUGCCUGGCCAACAGAUGAGAAACUGCAGAGGAGCCAGGGGCCAUGUGUGUAAACACACACACACACACACACACACACACACACACACACACACACACACUGAACUAUACAAAUUAUAUAUGAUCACUGGCAGAGAGUAGAUGGGGUACUUUUAGACAAUCUCCAAAGGCCAUAGCAAUAAGAGUCCACUUAGAAGAUGUGCCUGAGUUUUUUUACUUGUUGUGCAAAGGCUGACAUUGUACACAAAACCGUGAUAUUUUAUUUAGGAACUCCUAGUAUUGUUCAGGCCUAGGCGGUAUAGAAAUUCAGAGUAUUUUGCAGCUGUAAGCAGGGACAUACACUCGGCCCUGAUGAGCUUUAGUGAGCCAUUGUGACUAAAGGCAGACAGGAAAUUCCUGAGGGCUGGCAGAUUUGAUAGGCUAUAAAGCCAGAACAGACACCACAUGGAUAUCUGUUUAAUCCCCAGGAUCAGCAGCCAAUCGUUUACUGUUACAAAAAAAAAAAAAAAACACUUGAAAAAGUCACAUGGCACCUCUCGCUCAUUGCUGAUGUCAACAAUUCCUCUGCGCCAGCUCCUACGGGAGUCCCGAACGGCUGAAAUACGGUCAUCAAAAUCACAUUAUCUUCCCCCAGAUAAUGUAUACACUCCAUUGGCUGAAAAACAAAUCCUGUGAUUCAUUUCAAUAGUGAUGUUUUGUGUUUGGAUCAUUAACCACAUCAUUAUUUCCAUAUACGAUAUCCAUUAUAUUUGCAAUCAUGUUUAUGCAACUGGUGAAGUACCUGAAGUACUCCACCGGUGAUUUUGACCUAAUGUUAUUUCUGGUUGUCUAUCACGAGCCUCCCAUGUCGCCUAAGGCAAAUCUGUUGUAUUGCAUUGUGUUUCUAUGCUAUAUUUCUUCUAUGCAUGAACUUGCCACACACAAAAGCCUAUUUUGCAGCCUUUAUCCUGCUAAGCUCACCCUCACGUGGUAUUCCCCUCUCUUUAAAUGACCCCUCACCGCCAAAACACAUCCAGCUGGAAGCUGAUCAAUAAACGGCACUGCUGACGAGAUGACAUUACGGUUUGAGGCGUCCUGUCCUGAUGGUCUGUGUCCAGGAUGGAGUAUUAUCCUGAAAGGAGAGACUCCAGCAGAGGCCAGCAAGUUUGAGAUCAAUUUCCUGUGUGAACGCGAUGACAGAGUAGCUUUCCAUUUCAACCCCCGCUUCACUGAGUCCGAUAUCGUCUGCAACUCCUACAUGGCCAACCACUGGGGGCAGGAGGAGAGGUGCAGCAGCUUCCCCUUGGGAGUAGAGGAGCCUUUCCAGAUUGAAAUUUACUCUGACGAUGAUAACUUCUACGUUUACAUUGACGAAACCAAGGUGAUGCAGUAUAAACACCGGGUGGAAGAGCUGAAGACCAUCACAAAAGUACAAGUGGUGAAUGAUGUCAAUAUCUCCUCUUUAGAGAUCACCAAAAAACACUUCUACUGAGGGUGGGCAGUAAGGUCAAGCAGAUGAUUCAUUUGGAGUGCGCCUUUUGUUUGUUUACAGUGAGUUAUUGUUUUUUGCAUUCAUGUUUACACACCUUUCAUGCCUCUUGGGUUCAUCUUCCCGUACAGGUAUGAUUAUUGGUAUUGACAUGCCUUAGCUGAACUACAUAUUCAUAUGAAUCUGUCAAUAAAUGGGAGGUUUAAAAAAAGAUUCAUUAAAGACUCGUCUGGUCAGAGUGUUCUGAGUAACUUCCUAUUUU